AGUUCAAACCGGUGCAGUGUGAGAUCAAGCUAACAAGCUAACAGGCUAGCAAGCUAACCGGCUAACAGAGUUACCACCAGCGACUCUCAAAAUGGAUCUGGAAGACGACACCACAGUGUUGACAACCUUGAAGUCCUUCAACUCCUUCAUCAGCUGCCCUGAACCUCCCCCGAGGCUGUCGGAUCGCCCAGCGGGGAGCGGGAUCCUGCAGAGUCAGUACAAACGCAGCAUGGAGCUUCUGGAAGCGGCAGAGAGGGUUCAAUCAACGAAUCGCUACCGUAUGUUGGACCAGGAGAAGAAGCAGAUGGAGCUGAGUCACAAGCGAGCUCGGUUUGAACUGGAGAAGGUUGCUUCUGACAGUGCACGAGACCAUGAGCAUGAGGUGGACCGGAACCAAGACCUCUUGGGACGAAUUAAGAAGUUGGAGGAAAGAGAGAUCGAUGCAGCCAAGAACCUUUCAGAACAAGUGGAAGCAAAUCGCUUUGUUCGUAAGAACCUGGAGGGCCUGAACAAGAAGCUGGAGGAGCGAGAUUCCCGUCUCAACACAGCUCACCAGGCCAGCAGUUCUUUGAAGGAUGAGAUCAGAGAGCUGAAGCAGAAGAUUCAAAACAAAGACUCAACAAUUUCUUCUCAAACUCUAGAAAACCAGGAGCUUCAAGAACAGCUAGAUUUACAGCGCAGGAAGUAUCAGGAAGUCUCUCAGCUUUGCCAAAGUCUCCAAGCGGCCGAGUCCUCUUGCUCAGAGCACAUCAUCAAGAUUAAGGAGCUGGAGAGGCGUCUCACCUUCCAGGAGCAAGACAUCGCGAUUGUGAAGACUGUAAAGCUGGAGGUGGCCAGGCUUCCAGAUAUGGAAAAGGAGCUGAAGCGCCUCAGAGAAGAUAACGCCUUUCUCAGGGAGAGCCGGGAGAACUGCAGCCUGCUGAAAGAGGAGGUGGAGGGGCUGAGGAGGAAGCUGGAGAGGAUGGAGAAAACUAAAGAAGAGCUUGUCAAUGUGGAACUGGACAAAGAGCGACUGGCUGAGAAGCUUCACGCCUGGGAAAACCUGGGACAAUCUACUGGACUCAACAUAAGGAAACCAGACGAUCUUUCCAGGGAGGUGAUUCAGAUCCAGCAGAGAGAAAUUGCACUGAAAGAGCAGAACUACACACUCAACAGCCGUGUGAGGAGUGUGGAGCGCUCGCAGGCGGAGCUCCGUGCUGAGUUGUCCCAGCAGCGCAGCAAGACUCUGGAGGAGCAGAAGAAGAGGGAGACCCAGGACGCUCUGGUCCGUCGGCUCCAGAAGAGAAUACUGUUACUAACAAAGGAGCGUGAUGGAAUGCGGGCGAUACUGGAGUCUUAUGACAGCGAGCUGGCGCCUACAGAGUAUUCGCCUCAACUCAGCAAGCGACUCAGAGAGGCCGAGGACAUACUGCAGAAGACACAGAGCCACAAUGCAGAGAUGGAAGCCCAGCUGAGCAAAGCACAGGAAGAGACGAUGACCAUCAAACUGCAGCUACAAACGGUGGAGCUGGAGCUUGAGUGUCUGAAAAAGCAGCAGAACUCUGUGGCUGACAGCAGCUCUCUGGCCACCAAAGAGGAGGUCAACAUACUCAGGCAAAAAAUUGAAGAUUUAGAGUCGGAGCGGCAGCGGUUGGAGGAGCAGAACAACAUUCUGGAGAUGAGACUGGAGAGACACAACCUGCAGGGAGAUUACGAUCCUGUCAAAACCAGAGUUCUUCACCUCACGAUGAACCCCACUGCUGUUGCCAAGCAACAACGCCAGCAGGAAGUGGAGGCUCUUCAGGAGGAAGUCACACACCUCAGGGAACUUGUGCGCUCGCUGCAGGAGGGAGGCGCCUUGGCCCAUUCUCUGGACGACUCCAGGUUGCACGGCAGCAGCAUCGGCCUCAGUUUACCGCCAUCGAAGGAGGUGCUGGAUUUACGUAAGCAGAUGGAGAGCUCGGAGCUCAGGAACCAGAGGCUGAAGGAGGUGUUUCAGAGGAAGAUCCAGGAGUUCCGCACGGUCUGCUACGUCCUGACCGGCUAUCAGAUCGAUAUCACCACUGAGAACCAGUACAGGCUCACCUCAGUGUAUUCAGAGCACAUGGACGACUCCCUGCUCUUCAAAAAGGGCCCCAAUGGAAGCAUGCAGCUCAUGGAGACCGAGUUCUCCAAGACUCUGGGAGAGAUGGUGGCGCUUCACCUGCAUCACCAGAAGAGCAUCCCGGCUUUCCUCUCUGCCGUGACCCUCGACCUCUUCAGCAGACAAACCACCAUCUGAUGGGACCUGGCACCAUCUCAGACCCGGGGCCGGAAACUAAUAAGAUGGAGAUUCACUUUGCUUUUAAUCUAAUCUGUAUUAUUCAUUAUCUUUUUGAGCCUAUUUAACGAAUCUUUCAAUAAAUGUCUCCAUAUUUCUCAAUAGCUCUGGUAUUAAGAUGAUUUGGUUUAGGUCUUUUUAUGGAAGAACUUAAAUGUUGCAUUCAAAAGUCAAAGGAAUCAACUUUGUAUCCCUGUUGGUGCCGUAUUCAACAAUUGAUCUUUUAAAAAUACUUUUUCUCUGUCAACAGCACAGAACUUUGAAAAUUACACAAAAGCCAAUGAUGUUUGAUUUAGAGGAUGAUUUUUUUUAUAGAGAUGUGUUAUCGAGUGUUUCUGCAGGAAUGUAUUUAGUGUGUUUUUUUACCGAGGCCGAGUCUGUGUUGAAUCUUUCUUCGGCAUUUUUUGUCCUACACAGAUUUGUGGGGCUACAACUAGUCUCAGUCAGUCUAAAGACAAGUAGAAAACAUGAACGCAAUGAAUUGUUAUUGUUCCUUUAUUCCAUUAUAAACAAGUUUUCAUCAA